AAACAGCGCUGAAGGUAUUUUGCAUAUCCUGUUUCUCUGACUCACGUUAUGUCGGCAGUUAUUGGCAGAGGAGGCUAGUCGAGCCGCGCUGCAUAGAUGCUCCGAGUGCUGCACAAAACUAAAAGCAAGAAGAGAUAAAGGCUGAUAUCCAGUGAUGGACGGGUUUGCAGGGGACAUGCUGAGCGGUGGCAGGGCUCUGCUCACUGAGGACAGCUCGGUCAUGGCUCGCAUGCAGAAGAAGUUCUGGAAGACCAAGCAGGUCCUCAUCAAAGCCACGGGCAAGAAGGAGGAUGAGUACGUCGUGGCCUCAGACGCUGACCUGGAUGCCAAGCUUGAGUUUUUCCGCUCUGUUCAGUACACGUGCACAGAGCUGCUGAAGGUCAUCGAGAAGUACCAGCACAGGAUCACACGCUUGUCUCAGGAGGAGAACGAGCUUGGCCUGUUCCUGCGCUUCCAGGCAGAACACGAUCGCACAACAGCUGGCAACAUGAUGGACGCCACCAGCAAGGCCCUGUGCACCUCCGCCAAGCAGAGGAUGGCACUUUGCCCGCCACUGCGCCGUUUGCACCAGGAAGUGGAGACGUUCAGGCGGCGAGCCAUCGCUGACACGCUACUGACAGUCAGUCGUAUGGAGAAGGCCCGCACCGAGUACAGAGGAGCUCUGCUCUGGAUGAAAGAUGUCUCCCAGGAACUGGACCCAGACACCUACAAACAGCUGGAAAAGUUCCGCAAGGUCCAAACCCAGGUCAGAGGGACAAAGAGCCAGUUUGAGAAGCUGAAGAACGAUGUGUGUCAGAAGGUUGACAUGCUGGGAGCAAGCCGCUGCAACAUGCUUUCCCACUCCCUCUGUACCUACCAGACCACUCUGCUCCACUUCUGGGAGAAGACGGCCCACACCAUGUCAGGAAUCCAUGAGGCCUUUCAGGGACAUGUACCAUACCAAUUCACCACACUCAAGGACCUGCGUGAUCCACUGGAGGAAAUAACAGAUGCACAAAAACGAGAGGAUAAGAAGCAGAAGGCUCUACAGAGCAACACAGACAGUCUGGUGUCCUUGGAUGACGACAAGCCAUCAGGAAGUGCCUCUGGUGCAGACCCCACUCACAGCAGUGAUGGACAGAGCCAAACCAGUGACAGUGUGCACCAAAACACCACCACACCUAUCUCAGCCCUGCACAACCUCCGAGGACUGUCAGCGGACUCUCAUGACGACCUGAUGCUCAUGGCCUGUAGUCUGCCACAGUCCCAGCUCCCAGCUCCAGAAAAUGUCCCUCUCCAGCCCCAGCUCCUGCCUCCUGCUCAGGGCGGAGACCCGAAUGAGCUCUGGGGCUUCGGAAGCCUCCAGUUACAGCUGCCUGCCACCGGUGGGGCUCUGCUCUCUGGUCCACCCCACCCUGCUGGGACAGGGCUGAGACCGGAAGAGGAAGAUGGCGAACGGGGCGACAUGGCUUUUCUAAAAGACCUCCUCAGCCCGGACGGGGGGGCCAGCGACGAGUUCAGCAGAGAGUGGCAGGAUGCUUUUGGGCUGUUUGAGCCUCCCAGCAAUCCUCUACCGAGCACGGGAGCAGCAAGUAGUGGACCAUCAGCAAGCAGUGGCCCAGCAGCAGCAUGUCUGCCCUCAAACCCCCCCAGCCCCACAGGCUUCCUGCCCUCCCAUCUGCUGGAUCACAGUCUGAGCUCUACAGGCUGGGCAACCCCACCUAUGUUCCAAGCUCCGCCCCUGCAGCCUCCUCCUGGUCAGAACCAAUCAGCUCAGCCGGCUCCAAGUUCAGCACCAAAUGCGACUCCAGGUGGAUCCAAAGACAUGUCUGCCUGGUUCAACCUGUUUGCAGACCUUGACCCCCUCUCCAACCCCGACGCCAUAGGACGCUCCCCGGAUGAGCUGCUCAACGCCUAAAGCUGUGUGCGCGUGUGUGUGUGUCUGUGUUCUCUCUCACAAGUUCUGGAUGUCAGCAAGUUUUCAUCUCAGUGAAAAAACACACGCACACGUUGAUGCACACACAAAUGCGCCUGCAUUUCUGUAACCAGAAGAGAUGGGUGCAUAUCCACACAUGCUAAUACAUAUUUGUGUUACACUGGCAGGUGUUAUUUUACACUGGAAAAGAAAAAAAAAAACCAGUUGGUUGAGACGAUUGUUAAAACGCUCUCUGCGGCUUUGUAAAUGACUGUUAACACUACACGUGGAGCUACUCACUCAUAUACACACAGCAGACCUUGUGUGGUUUGUGUUACCUUUCAGUCAUUGUAGCUUCUGUCAAGCGGAGAGAAUGUUUAGGUUACAGGUCUAUUUUGGACUGGCAUUUUUCUGUGUUAGUCUGUGUUUGUGUUUGUUUGGGCGUGUGUCCGUUUGCUGUGUGUACACACCACAGGGGACCCAGGAUGUACAACAAAUCUCUAUUUACUGCUUAAUGUGAGGGCCGAUGCUGCCAUUACACUGUAACAGCCUGGACUAGAGUCAGUUUGUUUGUGGGUUUUGUGACACCAACAGCCUCUUUAUGUUUAUCCGUUCACCUUCAUCCCAGAUUCUACUGGCUCUGAAUGUAGUGUGGGUAAAAAUAGGACACGUUUGAAAUUAUUUUCAGUCCCAUCUGUCGUUAAGAUUCCACAAUCACAAGUCCAAGGCCAAGAAAAAUGCAUUAAGGAUAAAACAUUAGUUUUUUUGUCAUUUUCUUUUGAAGAAAGUUUUAAAGUAGGACACAGAAUUAGAUUAUUUUGGGGUGGGUGGGCUAUUUAAGUCCUAUAAAAUCUGCAAAUAACGGCGCCUAAGAUGCAUUAAAAUGUAUUUAUUUUCAGAUGAUAUCACUGUAUGCAAAAUCAGAUGCUUUUGUUGUGCAGUACACUGAUAAACUUAACACUAAAAUAUCACUGAAAAAUCUAUCUAUUUUUAACUUUGUGUGUUGUGUGUUUUGAGAAUUCAGAUGAAUUUUCGAUAUUAUGCUUAUUAUAACAAUGCAUUGAUAUAUUAUAACAAUAUAUUAUUGUUUUAUGGGAAAAGAUUCAACACUGGAGAACUGUUACCAUGUCAUAAAAUAGAUUUCUAAAUGACCUUAUGUGGAUUUAAUUCCCACUGAUAUCUGUGUUUGAGGUGGAAAAAAAUUACCAAGAAUGACAUUUUUUAAUGUUUACGAAUUGGUUUAGUGAAAAGUUGCAAAAUGAAGAUGUAGUCUUGUUUUCUAAAAUGUAUUUUAAGGAAAAUAUACCUCGGUUGUUGAGAUGUGCGUAUCAAGUCCACAUGCACCAACUGAAACCAAAUCCUCAGUUACAACAUUUGUGUGCCUGUAGAAAUCUCGCUCAGUGGAGCUAAGGUGAUCGGAGUGUAUCAUGGGGAAAAAAAGCAACUCUGAAAAACUUUUUAUACAAGCUGCAUAUUAUUAUCUCAGCUUUUGUUUUGCUACUGAUGCUCCUAUCCACGUGCAGUGGUCACAAGGGAAACUGCUGUAUUAGUUUCUGUCACGUCAUGUCACUGUUUACUCUUGAUUUACACACCUUAAACAAAGAAUGUACUUCUCAAGUCAGUCACAAAUGCUUUUAUUUAAUUCAACUAUGCCUUUUUAUUUCACUCGAGGGGUUUAACAGAUGACAACUUGGCAGUUCUGUUUCCAAUAAACUGGACAAGCAAACAGAA